ACUGUAAUUACAAGUUAAUGCCAUGAAAUAAUUAUGUUUAUUCUCUUUAUAAACACUGAGUUUCUAUAAGAUGAAAGGUAUAAUCCCUAAUUUUGACCCAAGUUUUAUCUUAAGUACAAAUUUUGUGCCAGAGGCCUAUUUUAAUGAUUCACUCUAUUUCAGGUAUGAUGAUAAGGUAGGAUUAACUGACUUUUCUGUGUUCUUCUAUUUCUAGGCUUGUAUUGAAGGGUAACAAUACUGAGAUGAGUGCAGAUGUACUUGGUUUGACUAUGGAGAGUAAUGGAAUCAGGAUUUUGGAGCCAUUUGAUACAUCGUUGAAGUACUCAAAUGCUUCAGAUAGGACCAAUAUUCAUUUAUCUGUUUCCAAUAUUUUCAUGAAUUUCACUUUCAGUAUCUUGAGACUAUUUAUUGCUGUGGAAGAUGAUAUUUUAGCAUUUUUAAGGAUGACAUCAAAGAAAAUGACAAUUAUUUGCUCUCACUUUGACAAAGUUGGAACAAUAAAACAUUCUCAAUCUGAUCAAACGUAUGCCUUUUGGAGGCCUCAUGCUCCUCCUGGUUUUGCUGUACUUGGUGACUACCUGACACCACUAGACAAACCACCAACAAAAGGAGUUCUUGCAGUAAAUAUCAAUUCUGUAACAGUUAAGAGACCUAUUAAUUUCAGAUUGAUUUGGCCGCCUUUAACAUCUGUUGGCAUUAAGGGUGAAGAAGUGGACAAUUCUGACUCAUGGAAUACUGAGGCAGAUGCCGUUUGUUCCAUUUGGUUCCCCGAAGCUCCCAAAGGUUAUGUUGCACUAGGUUGUAUUGUUACUCGUGGAAAGACACCACCCCCACUAUCUUCUGCUUUUUGCAUCCCAUCUUCUUCUGUAUCUCCAUGUUCAUUAAGGGAUUGUAUCACAAUAGGCACCACUGAUAUAUCACCAUCCCGUGUGGCAUUCUGGCGAGUGGAUAAUUCUGUUGGCACUUUUUUGCCAGUAGAUCCUAUUUCUCUUAGUUUGAUGGGUAAAGCAUAUGAAUUGCGUUGCAUUAAAUAUGAUUAUUUGAAGCCAUCCUCUGCAGCAGUAAGUAGUCAGGAUUCCUAUGCUCCUGGUGGACAUCAAACCUUGCAACCUGACCAGUCUAUUGGUGCGAAUUCUAAUAGGCGUUAUGAGCCUGUUGCUAGCUUUGAGUUAGUGUGGUGGAAUCAGGCAUCAAAUUCAAGAAAGAGGUUAUCCAUAUGGCGUCCGGUUGUCCCAGCAGGAAUGGUAUAUUUUGGUGAUGUAGCUGUUAAAGGGUAUGAACCUCCAAACGCCUGCAUUAUAGUUCAUGAUUCCAGGGACGAAAAUGUUUUUAAAACUCCACUAGAUUUUCAGCUUGUCGGACAAAUAAAAAAGCAUAGAGGAAUGGAAAGCAUGUCAUUCUGGCUUCCACAAGCUCCUCCUGGCUUUGUUUCCUUGGGUUGUGUUGCAUGUAAGGGGAAACCUAAGCAAAGUGAUUUUAGCACAUUAAGAUGCAUGCGGAGUGAUUUGGUAGCAGGUGAUAAAUUUUUAGAAGAAAGUGUAUGGGAUACAUCUGAUGCAAAGCAUGUAGCAGAACCAUUUAGCAUAUGGGCUGUUGGCAAUGAGUUGGGGACUUUUAUUGUUCGUGGUGGUUUCAAAAGACCCCCAAGAAGGUUUGCUUUGAAACUUGCAGAUUCAAAUGUGCCAAGUGACUCAGAUGUGACAGUCAUUGAUGCAGGAAUUGGGACCUUCUCAAUGGCUCUUUUUGAUGAUUACAGUGGUUUGAUGGUUCCUUUGUUCAAUAUAUCUUUGAGUGGAAUAACAUUUAGUUUGCAUGGAAGAACUGGGUAUCUAAAUUGCACUGUUGGUUUCUCCUUGGCUGCCAGGUCAUACAAUGAUAAGUAUGAAGCUUGGGAACCUCUUGUUGAGCCAGUAGACGGGUUCUUAAGGUACCAAUAUGACAUCAACGCCCUGGCUGGAACCUCUCAGUUACGUUUGACAUCAACACGAGAUCUGAAUUUAAAUGUUUCAGUUUCUAAUGCUAAUAUGAUCAUUCAAGCUUAUGCAAGCUGGAACAAUCUUAGCAAUGCUCACGAAUGUUACAAAAACAGAGAUGCAUUUUCUCCUACUUAUGGUGGACACUCUAUCAUUGACACACUCCAGAAAAGAAAUUACUACAUAAUUCCUCAAAAUAAGCUUGGUCAGGAUAUUUUUAUCCGUGCUACAGAAGCUAGGGGUCUCCAAAAUAUAAUUCGGAUGCCGUCUGGGGAUAUGAAGGCUGUCAAAGUUCCUGUAUCAAAAAAUAUGCUAGAAUCUCAUUUGAAGGGUAAACUCUGCAGAAAGACUAGAACAAUGGUAACCAUUAUCAUAGCAGAAGCACAGUUUCCCCAAGUUGAAGGUUCUGAUUCCCAGCAAUAUACAGUAGCUAUCCGCCUGUCUCCUAGUCAGAUCCUUCCCAGUAAUGCAUUGGUUUAUCAACAGAGCGCACGCACGCGUGGACAAAGGCCACAUCAUUUAUUGCCUUCAGAUCUUGAGUCGGUCAAGUGGAAUGAAAUAUUUUUCUUCAAAGUUGAUUCCCUGGACUAUCACUCUUUAGAAUUUAUUUUAACGGAUAUUGGUAAAGGUGUUCCGAUUGGAUUUUUUUCAUCUUCCUUGAAUGAGAUAGCAAGAACUAUUGAGGACUACUCAAAUCCACAAAAUUUUGUCAAAGAGUUGAACUGGAUAUAUUUGUCUACAGAAAACUCUAUGGAUGCUUAUUAUGGGAAGCCUUGCAAAUUACAAUGUGCCAUACUAGUACAUAAUUCUGAGACUGAGAUUAACAAUCAACUAUCUAAUUAUGAUGUGCAUAAACGUGGGUUUAUUCAAAUUAGUCCUAGCAAGGAAGGUCCUUGGACGACUGUGAGGCUAAACUAUGCUGCUCCUGCCGCUUGCUGGCGGUUAGGCAAUGCUGUUGUUGCCAGUGAAGCUAGUGUGAAGGAUGGCAAUAGAUAUGUGAAUAUUCGAUCACUGGUUUCUGUUCGUAACAACACAGAUUUUGUACUUGAUUUGUGCCUCACUUCAAAAGUUUCAUCAGAAAAGAUGAAUUUGCUGAAAAGUUCAAGUAAUUCUGAGUCCAUUCAAACAGAGAGCUAUAGAAUUCAGACAGAAGAGUUUUUCGAGACUGAAAAGUUAACACCACAAAUUGGAUGGAUACUCUGUUCAGGUUCUUCUGGGAACCGCAUGCCAGAUGGAGGGAAAUCCCAUCAGGUGAAUGUUAGUAAUUUUUCACUUUCCACGGGAAACUGUUCUCUAGCUGCUUUUGUAUUGCUUAUACACCUAAGCUGUAGUUUUCUCUAGCAAUGAAGUUACAAACUGACAAUUUUGCUCAUGAUUGAGACUCUCUUCAAGAGGAUCAGUCAUAUGUGGAUGCUUUGAAAAGUUCAGAAUAGAUCAAGCACUUGUGCUGUGAUUUUUAUACUAUCCUUAGGGAAGGGAUGUGCUAGG